GGUGCUAAUUCCUGUAAAUACCAUCUAAUUUUAUUUUAAGUUAUAUCUGUCAUUUUCUUAUCCGCCGAAAAGGAAAGGGACGGGUAAUUGACAAGCAUAAAAUUUAUGGAACACACGUCAAUUUUAAGCACAAAUCUAAACCAACCGUCUAAAAAUUUUACAUCAGUCAAUAAUCCGACACAUUCAUUUACUCAUUCUUCCUAAAAUUAAGAGCUGUGAAUCAUCCGUCCCUUUCCUUUUCGACGGAUAUGAAAAUGACGGAUAUAACUUAAAAUAAAAUUAGGCGGUGUUUGCAGGAAUCGGGGCCAAUAUCUAGUUAAUAUACUCGUGUGUUAUGUUAUGGCACCAAGGCAGCUGCUAGUGCUUAGUCCCAGUCCGAGUUUUUAGGGAUUAGGAGAGCAGUGUGUGGUGGGCCAGAGCUCAGAGCCUGCGCUGCCGCGGCGGAAGUUUGCUGUUCUCUGUCUACCCUGCUGACGCUGCUCUUCGGAAGCCAUGCCCAAGGAGGAUCCAGAAACGACAGCUUUGAAGAAAGAGUUGACAGACUUAAUAGCUAAAGUUAAGGCAGAACAAGAAAAAGUGGCUGAUGCAAAGCUUGCAGAUAAAUGUGGUGACUUGGGCGCUGUCCCUAAGAUUCGUUUCAUUACAAAGAAAACACUGAAGGGACACAUCAAUAAAGUGAAUUCCGUGCAUUACAGCGGCGACUCAAGGCACUGCGUCACGGGGUCCCUGGAUGGGAAGCUGAUCAUAUGGGACACGUGGAGCGGCAACAAGGUGCAGGUGAUCCCGCUGCGCUCUGCCUGGGUCAUGAGCGUCGCCUUCGCGCCAUCUGGCAACUUCGUCGCAUGCGGUGGAAUGGACAACAUGUGUACGGUGUACGACGUGAACAACCGCGACGCGACGGGAGCCGCCAAGAUGGUGCGCGAGCUGGCUGGCUACGAAGGCUUCCUCAGCAGCUGCCGCUUCCUCGACGACACUCAUAUCCUCACCGGCUCCGGAGACAUGAAGAUUUGCAUUUGGGACUUGGAGGCGGGUAGAAGAGAAUCGGAGUUCGAUGCACACGCUGGCGACGUGGUUACAAUUUCCUUGGCACCAGAUAUGAAGACGUACGUAACUGGUUCCGUGGACAAGACUUGCAAACUCUGGGAUGUCCGCGAUGACAAGGCAAAGCAAACAUUCUUCGGACAUGAAGCCGAUGUCAACAGCGUCUGCUUUCAUAACAGCGGGCAGGCUUUCGCGACCGCGUCCGAGGACAAGACGGCACGACUGUUCGACAUCCGCAGCGACCAGCAGCUGGGUCACUACACGCCCCCCGGGAGCAGCGGGUUCACCAGCUGCGCACUGUCGUUGAGCGGCAGGUACCUCAUGGCGGGCUCUGAUGAUAAUACUGUGCACUCUUGGGAUACCCUGAAGGUUGCGCACACAGGUACUCUGAAUGGGCACGAGAACCGUGUGACGUCCAUAUCGAUGUCCCCCAACGGCGUCGCCAUGGCUAGCUGCUCCUGGGACCAGGGUGUCAGGGUCUGGGGCUAAUCUUCGUCCAUCGCCAUGCAAGCAACAAUAUCCGUCCAAACAAUUUAAGUAAUUGCACCAUAAUAUUUUUCAAAAACUCACUUAUGGAACCUUGUUUAAGUAUCUAUGUUAAUAUUAUUUUUAUGGUUUGAUGUGAGUUUAACGUGCUUCUUUAUUCCGAAAGCCAUUAUUGUUAAAUCCCAAUAACAAAUAUAAUAUCUA